AUUUAGUGCAAAGUGAUUUUUCCUGGAGAAGAAGCAAACUCGAGCUCCGUCGGGAAAAGAAAAAAAACCAGAUCGGAAAGUUCACUCUUUUCAAAUCUUCUCCGGAGAAAUCAGAUUACUUUCAGCUAACGAAGGUCGAUUCUCCGAACAUGGAUGUGAUUAAGACGCAACAGAUAUCAGCAAGGACGAUCGAGAAAGUGGUUGUUCAUCCACUUGUCUUGCUUAGUAUCGUCGACCAUUACAAUCGCGUCGCUAAGGAUUCACGCAAGCGUGUCGUCGGUGUUCUUCUCGGGAGCAGCUCCCGUGGUAUCGUUGAUGUCACCAACAGCUACGCAGUGCCCUUUGAGGAGGAUGACAAAGACCCAAGCAUCUGGUUUCUUGAUCACAACUACCAUGAGUCAAUGUUCCACAUGUUCAAGAGAAUUAAUGCCAAGGAGCACGUUGUAGGUUGGUACAGCACAGGCCCUAAACUUCGAGAGAAUGAUUUGGAUGUUCACGCCUUGUUCAAUGGCUAUGUUCCAAAUCCAGUCCUGGUCAUUAUUGAUGUCCAGCCUAAAGAACUUGGAAUCCCUACAAAAGCAUACUAUGCAGUGGAGGAGGUCAAGGAGAAUGCUACUCAGAAAAGCCAGAAAGUUUUCGUUCAUGUAUCUACAGAAAUUGCUGCUCAUGAAGUCGAGGAAAUCGGCGUGGAACAUUUGCUCAGGGAUGUGAAAGACACAACAAUCAGUACUCUGGCGACUGAGGUCACUGCAAAACUUACUGCUUUGAAGGGGUUGGAUGCACGUCUUCGGGAGAUCCGGAGUUACCUUGACCUUGUAAUCGAAGGAAAGCUCCCUCUAAACCAUGAGAUUUUAUACCAUCUACAGGACGUUUUCAAUUUGCUUCCUAACCUGAAUGUGAACGAGUUGGUCAAGGCCUUUUCAGUGAAAACAAAUGACAUGAUGCUGGUUAUCUAUCUUUCAUCCCUCAUUCGGAGUGUAAUUGCACUCCACAACUUGAUCAACAAUAAGUUGCUGAACAAGGAACAUGAAAAAGCAGAGGACUCAAAGCCUGUGGCCAUACCUGCCACCAGCUAGAUCAGGUUUUCUCGUGGCUUAAUCAGUCAUCAUUGCCCGCGAUGAAGGCAGCUGUUGUGUGUUCUCUUCCCCCAAAAGAAGGGUGAACAAGUUUAGUUUGAUAGCGGCUCUCUUUCCGAGUGUUGGAAUUCUCAGUUGUUCUGAUUCAGAAUGUAUCAAAGAGUCUUUUCAUUUUAUCUUUCAAGUUCGUUAGGCUUAGGCCUCUUUUGAGGGGUUUUAAGAUACAAAAUUUCACGUCAAUGUGUCGAAAUCUCCACAGAGAGGGUCUUAUCCUAUUGAAAUUCUUAAGAAUUUUUUCACAUUUAGCAUGUGUGUGUUUUUGCUUACUCGUUUCUAUAGCUUUGAUAUAAUUCUCUGUUAUACAGUCA